GCCAAUCACACGCACUCACACACACAUAUACACACGCGUGCAAUUAUUCCUCCUCUCUUCUCGCUAGUAGAAGGGUGUAGUACUAAUGGUCCCAUCCACGCGCGCGCACCGGUGUGUGUUAGCCAAAUGCCAAUGCUUGCAGGAAUAGAGAAAAAGAGACAGAGAGAGAAAGAGAGAAAAAAAGAGAGCAAUUGGUGUGCAGGAUACGCCUUUUUUUUUACCUUACUUUACUCCGGGAUGCCGCCGCCAGGAAGUGUGUUGUUCAGCGAAAGAACGAAAGACUCCUGCGAGAUGUGCAAGCGACGAACCCACCUCCAUCGAAGCAGCAGCAGCAGCAGCCCCAAAAGUUUUCUGUUUUAAUUGCCAAAAAUGGGUGUCACGAACCUUCCGCCUCCCGCAUCCACUUUUUUUGCGGCCCCCUUCGGUUUAGAUAAUAGUGUGCUGCGACGUUGCCGGACCGAGCUGGACCCCGGGCUGCCUCUCAGUGCUCCGUUUCCCAGGCGCGCGCGCUCUCUUGAGAAGUCAAUCCAAUUUCGUGGCUGGCUGAUUACCACCUUCCCUCCAAUUUCUCCCCCUUUUUUCCCUCCCAUUGGUUCGGGAUCUCUGGACAGCAGCAGCAGCAGCUGGCGCUGUCCGUUCGAUCCCAGCUCACUCCAACUCGCGCUCUGCUUUCCACCGGCUCUGCAGUUGCAGUCACUGCUUUCCCGUCCAGCGUCCAGUUCGACGCAGUGUAGAAAAUAGUGAGAGACAGAAAGUGUGUGUGUGUGCGAAAGAAAGAGAAGAAGAAGAGAGACCUACAGUGGACACAGCAACAGCAGCAGCAGCAACAACAACAACAACCAUUAGAGCAGAGUGUGCGAUCGGUGUCGUGCCCCAGUUUUGUUGUGUCUGUGUGUGUAUGUGUGUGCCUGUGUGAUAUGGUGAUGGUGGGUGGUGUCGAUCGGCGGAAGUGUCGUACUGCGGGUGGUUGUGCCGUCGUCGUGGUGCGGUGGUGGUAGGGGCGAGGCCGGGCCGCAGCUGCAGAUGAAGAAGAAGAGCGGCAACCUGUUCGAGCUGCCACCGAAGUGUCCGGCGCUGGCGGACAAGCUGAACGGCAUCUUCGGCUGGCGGCACACGUACCAGGUGCACCAGCGCCAGAAGGGCAUCCCGCACGGCAACCAGUACCUCUACAAGAGCUAUUCGCUCAAUCUACCCCGGAAGGUUAGCCACGACGACGGUGGUGGUGGUGGUGGUGGCCACCUAGAUGUCACCGAUGGUGGUUGUGCGCCGGGGGUGGUGGCCAUCGGUCCCACCCCUGCUGCUGCACUUCCGCCAGCCAGUCAGCAGCAGCAGAAAAGAGGCAGUAGCAGCAGCAUUCGCAGACGACCGGCGGCGGCGACACCGGGCACACAUUCGAACGGCGAAGGAAGAAAUCCGGACUCUUGGGUCGUGGUGCACCAUCUGCAGUCCCAAUCGGGCAUCCUCGACCCGGAGGACAACAUUAGCGACGUGGCGGACGACCGGGAGGAGCUGAUAGCGAGCUUCGAGGAUGCCGGUGCCGGGCCCGAUCCGGGCGUACAGCAGGGUGGCGGUGACGGCGCUAGCGGCAGCUCGGUCGGUACCGGCAGCCCCGACAUCUUCCAGGUUGCUCCAGGCAGCAAUAAUGGGACCGGUGGAGGUGGUGCUGGUGGCGGUGAUGGUCCCGGUGCGGUGGUAGUGGUAGUUCCGCCCACCGUAUCAACAUCAUCGCAGCAACCCCCGCCGGCGGGCGGCACCGCCAGCAGCAUCAUCAGCUCUACAGACACCACCACAGCAUCGGCAAGCGCAGCAGCAGCAGCAGCAGGUGGAUCGGCUGGUGGUGGUGGUAGCGGGGGAGUAACAACAACCACAACAACCACUGGUGGUUCGUGCAUCGAGGUGACAGCGAACGAACCGGUCCCGCUGGGGCUGGGUUUGCAGGUGCGCCGUGGCAGCGAACCAUCGCUGCACCAGAUCGGCGUAACCGAUCAGCGCAGCCCACUGUACAACGUCAACCCGAACGGCCAUCACCAGGAGACGACCAAACGGUGGUCGGCGGCCCCGGUCUGCCGCAGUGACGAUGCUGCUGCUGGUGGUGGCGGCGGUGGUACGACACCGGGUGGUAACCUUUCGGUCGCUGCCUAUCUCAUGUCGUCACCGGAGUGGAACGUACCGGAGGAGGACGUGUCCUCGUCAUCGCCACCGCCACCGACCUCGGCACAGGCCUUCAACCGAUUCGGUCGGCUAUCGAUGCAGUUUCUCGGGGCAGACGCCACCACCAGCGGCUACCGGUGGAUGGAGGCGGCCGAAAAGGCGGCCACCGGUAGCCAUCAUCAUCACCACCACUAUCAACAACAACACCAAACGUCCAACCAUCAACAGGGCAACGGUAGCAGCAGCAGCUAUCAACAGCAGCCAUACCAUCACCAUCAUCAGCACUCGCACAGCGGCAUCUACCAGUCACCGUCGUCGUCUUCGUCGCACAGCAUCGGCGGCGGUGGUGGCAGCGCCAACAACAGCUUCAGCACGAAAUCGCUGCCCCGGGAGUCGACGCGCAAGGAACCGCUCGGUCAGGCGAAACCCAUCGAUGACUCGAUACGGGAGAAGGAAAGUGAGAUGUUGCUGGUGGUGAAUGAGACGGGUGGGCCGCUCGGUUUGACUGCCAUCCCCGAUGCCGAACGUGGAGGGCUGCUGGUGCAAAGCGUGGAAUCGGGCAGCCGAGCGGAGCGGGGCCGCGUACGCCGGGGCGAUCGUAUUCUCGAGAUCAACGGCAUCAAGCUGGUCGGGCUCUCGGAGGUCUCCGUGCAGGAGCAUCUUCGCAAGAGUCUCGCGUCAACCGAGCUUCGGCUGUGGGUAAUCCGUGGCAGCAAGCAUCAGCAGCAGCAGCAACAGAACGCCACCGACAAAAGCAACGGCAGCGAUGGUUCGGUGGCUGCCCUCAGCCGGUUGGUGACGGGUGGCAGCGGUUCCCGCUAUCAGCGUCGCACGACCAACACCGCCACGGGCUCGCAGAUGAUCGAGGCGGAGGAAGUGCCGGCUCCGGCCAAGGUGGCCACGGUGUCGCCGACACGCAAGAUGCCGGGUGGACCGUCGACGGCCGCCGCCAGCCUGUUGCAGGUCGCGAACACGCGCAAGCUCGGCAAACGCAUCGAGAUCACGCUCACCAAGGGCGACCACGGGCUCGGUUUUUCGGUGACGACACGCGACAAUCCGGCCGGUGGGCACUGUCCGAUUUACAUCAAGAAUAUCCUGCCGAAGGGUGCGGCUGUCGAGGACGGUCGGCUAAAGCCGGGCGAUCGGCUGCUGGAGGUCGAGGGCAUCCCGAUGACCGGUAAAUCGCAGACGGAGGUCGUCUCGAUACUGCGCGGCACACCGCACGGUGCCACGCUCACGCUGGUCGUUUCGCGCCAGCAGGAGCUGGCCGCCGACAGCAAGGAACGUGAAAUAGGUUUCGGCGUUGAACACGAACCAAAGAACUCACCCCCGAAACCGCCGGCACCAGUAAUGCCGAAACCGUCGUCACUCAAGCAGCAGCAGCAGCAGCAGCAACAGUCGCCAUCCAAGACGGGUAAAACGGGCAGCAGCAGCGAUAGCAACAGCUACGUUACGAUGACUGGAGGCAGCUAUUCUUCGGUAGCGAAGCACACCGCCAACGGUAGCGGCACACCCAAGACACCGACCGUGCACAAGAAACCGUUGGCUUCGAUACUCAAAUCGGCCUCCACGAAUCAGAUGACCGAGCUUUUCCAACAGCAGCAGCAGCAGCAGGAUUCAGUGCUACUGAACGGUGGUAGUAGCCUUGCUAGCGGUGGUGGCGGAUCUUCCUCCAUUACCAGCAGUGGCUCGUUGGCCGGAGCCGCGUGGAAAAACCGGGAAAUUCUCACGCUCCACAUACCGGUGCACGACACGGAGAAGGCCGGUCUCGGUGUGUCGGUAAAGGGCAAGACGGGAUCGGCCAGUGGUGGAGGUAGCAGCAGCAACAGCAGUAGCGCCAGCACUACCAACAAUGGCAGCAGCAGCCACGGCAACCGUAGCAGCGAUGGUGAUCUGGGCAUCUUCGUGAAGAGCGUCCUGCACGGUGGGGCGGCGAGUCGUGACGGUCGCCUCAAGAUGAACGACCAGCUGCUCAGCGUGAACGGUGUGUCGCUGCUGGGGCAAUCGAACGCCGAAGCAAUGGACACGUUGCGCCGGGCCAUGCUACAAUCCGGGGGCAGUUAUCCCGGUAAAAUCAUUCUCACGGUAGCGAGACGCAUCGGUCGGCCAGUAAGUACCGGCGAACUGCUCGAAUCGGUGGAUACGCGCACAAGUAGUACCGGCAAUGGUAGCGAGCAGCAGCAGCAUUCUGGUAACGGUGGCACCACCGUCAUCUACCUCAGCCCCGAAAGACAGCAGAACAGUAAACAGAACGAUUCGAAGGUGGCGCAGCAAGCGAAACGUUACAGCAACCCGGUGCUCGAUCGAUUGACCGGCGGUACUGGCACUGCUGGCCGAGGAGGCAGCCUACGUGGCACCGCGACGAAUCAACACCACCCGGCGCAUGGCAGCAGCACCGCACAGGGCAGCAGUCCUGGUAGUGGUGGUGUUGGCAACCUCAAUGACAACCCCAGCCUACAGCGGAAUCAUCACGCGCAGCUUAACCAAAGAGGAGGGGGAGGAGGAGGAGGAGGAGGGACCACGGAUUACUCCAUGGCGAGCCCACCGUUGACGGGGAAUGGCGGUGGUUCGAGUUUGCGCAACGACAGCUACUACCUGGCCACGCACGACCAGUGGAACCUGCCCUCGUCCGGCCUGAACGGCAAUACUUCCUCCGGAGCGGUACUGAUCGAGGAGGAUCCCGAACCCAACACACCAACAUUCACAUCUGGAGUGGGUCGGAUGACGACGGUGGUUGAUGGUGGUAGUAGUGUUGACCGUAACACGUCCACGCCGCACGGCACAUCGGGUUCAGUGGAUCCAACCUACGCCAGCCAGUUGUCCCUCGAGACACUGCCGUCACCGCUGGAUGCGUUCAGCCGUGAUGCGAUCGGGCGCCGCUCGAUGUCCGAGAAGCAUCACGCGGCCAUGGAUGCGCGCGAGACUGGCACGUACCAGCGCAACAAGAAGCUGCGCGAGGAGCGAGAGCGCGAAGGCAAGCUGAUGCAGCUAACCAGUGGUUCCGGUGCUAGUGGUGGUGGCGGUGGUUCGAUGGAGUCUAUUCAUCAGAUGGCACGCAUGAGCAGUCUCAAGCACCAGCAACAUCAUGGUGGUGGUACGCUCAAGCUGGGUGCUUCGUCGGAUGCUAGUACGGUGGGCACCGGCAGCCAUCACCACCAGCAGCAACUCCAACAGCAGCAGUCGUCGCUGUACGCCGAGGCGCUCGAUAAGCUCGGUGAUCUGGGACCUUCGCUCGGUAUGAAGAAGUCCUCUAGCCUCGAAUCGCUGCAAACCAUGGUGCAGGAGAUUCAGAUGGCGGAUGAACCGCGCGGUCCAGUUGCGCUGCGUACGCCUCGGGGUCGUGGCCGCGAGGAAAUCCUGCGUGCCGUCGUCGAACGGCCACCCGAGAUGAAGGCCAAGAAACACUGGCUGCUGGAGGACGCAACGGAGGAAACCAACUCGGACGGCAAUGCUGGUGGUAGUCCGUUCGUGGUAGCCCGUAACACGCCGUGCCAAUCCUCGCUAAACGAUGGCAAAGGUGGUGGCACCAAACUGCGACCGAAGAAGAGUGGUGGGCUGUUGCGCGGCAUCGGACACAUGUUCCGCUUCGGUAAGCACCGGAAGGAUGUGGUGUUGCCGUCGUCGAGCGGCGGUGUCACGGGCACGAUGAUGGCCGCCGACUACACGACCAGCUCUGGCACCAUCACCAAGUCGGCAUCGUCGUCGGCGGCGAACGCAACGGUCGUCCAGUCGAUGGCCAGCGAGGCCUGGCCGAGUGAUCAGCAGCAGCAACAGCAGCAGCAGCAUCUGCAGCAAGGCCAUGGCCAGUCGGUCGCUACCGCCACGCCUACCUCAGCCGGCAGUGGUAGCUACGUCGUCUACGAGCCGGGCUCGGUCGAGCGGUCAGCCUCGUCCGGGCUUAUCUUCCAGCAUCAACCGCCCCACUAUCAGCCACCACCGCCCCCACCUACGUCCAACCGUUACUCACAUUACGUCAAUUAUGACGAGCUUCAGCAGCAGAUAAGUCGACGGCACCAUCAUUACCAUUCGCAGCGCUCAGCCCGCAACACACCACCAAUCGCCGAACUCGGACUGCAGCAGCAGCAUCAACCGCAAUCUCUUCACCAUCACCACACCAACGCUGCUGUGGGCCUGUUGGGCCAGAACCUCCAUCUUGCGCAACAAAAGUAUAAGAGUGUGCGGCCCGCCUCCAGCUACUACGAUAGUAGCGUUGGUGGAGGCUACGAGACGAUAUCGCACACCGGUCCACCGAAUGCAGCCAGUGCCGGUGGCAACACUAGCAACAGUAGCAACAACAGCAAUACCAUCAACAACAACAACAACAACGAAAGCAGCAGCAGCACCAAUCACCACCGUAAAGCAGCCUCCUCAACAUCGAUCGGCAGCGGUGGCAGCCUGCUGCAGUCGUCUGGAAAGCAGCAGUCGGAAGCGAACGUGAACAACAAUAACAACAGUAACAGUAGCUACCAUCAUGCGCAGCAUCAGAACAUGGAGUCCUGGCAUCCGGGACCGGCAUUAGUCGGUAGUGGGAAUGGCACCGGCACAGGUAGUAGCGGCGUCACAGGUGCAGGAGGCUCGAUGCGUAACCAUCGGGGACCGUUCGUGACGCAAGUCCAAAUACAGAACCAGUACCAAUAGUAAAAACCAACCGGGGUGGGAAUCAAUCCGCGGUCUGCGCGGAGCUCUCCCAGCCUAGGGGUUUUAGGGAUCGCGUCAGCACAGGGCGUUUGCUCGUUGAGUUUUUUUUUCUUUUACAUAUUCCUCAAAGCGCUAAAUUGCCGUACACACGAGCUAGAAAUUUUUAAAAACGUUUAAUAUCCACAUGACUGCAUGUAAGCUCUGCUGCUUGCUAUAUCGUUCGACACAAUUGUUUCGCAGUUUUUUAUUAAUUCCGACAGCAUCCAUAAUUAUUUGCAUUGCCAUUGGUGUGCACGGCCUUGUUAUUGUCUUGAACCUCUCCGCAAUGAAUUAAGUAAAGCGAACUGUAUAAUUGAGAAAAAUGUAUCGUCCAUGUGCUACGUAAGUGAAUUGUGAAAAAGAAAAACGGAUUUGUAGAUA